AAUAAAUAGGUUGUAAGUUGAAAAUUUCGCGCGAUCCUUGGGGGUCUGCGGGUCUCAACUGGGGAAGCGGAUGAUGGACGCUGUCCAGGCGGAGCCCGGCAGGACACCCCGCGAUAAGGAUCGUAUCCAGAAAGUGGUUCGCGUGCCAAAAAGUCCAACGAAAUAUAUCUUCAAGCCCGAAGUGGUCCGCAAGGCUUCACCGACGCGUCAGGCCCAAACGACACGCAACGCCCUCUGUCGGCAGGACGCUACGUUCUCACCGAGAGUCCAACCGCACCAACAACAGCAGCACGAAAAGGGGGCGCGGAGUCCUUGCAGUCCUGAAUCUGCGCUCCGGACGGCAACGUUCAGGUGCGAAGCAUGCGGGGAAACCCACGAUCGUCUUCAGCACCAUCAUCGGCAGGCACGAUGUCGACAUCGGUGUGAGUCCCCUCUUGAUGAGGCCCACGAUUUACUCGCACUUCAGGAUGCGGCCACCAGGCAGUUCCUUCAGGGUCCCGACGCCUCUGGACCACCCAUCCUCUACAGGAGCAGGUCACUCCCGCAACUUUCUAUCCAUGAUAGCGGCCUCGGGAGCAACGAACAGCAACCUGGAAGACCCGCGUCGAGGCUCGUCGCCGAUCUUAGGCAGCUCCUUACUCUUAAACAGCACUAUUAUCCUGAGGGUGGGUGGGGGUGGGUCAUCCUUGUUGUUGGCGUUAUGGUACAGAUAUUGUCCCAUGGGAUACACGGCGCUUCUGGUGUCAUUCUACCACAGAUUGCUAAUCGGUUCGGACCUCGCGUUGGACUUCAGUCAGGAUGGCUUGGGGCGAUGUCAACAGGGGUGGCGCUGCUGGUGUCGCCGGUGACGAUAGCCUUUUGCCGGAGGAAAAGCACCAGGGUAACAGCAGUGCUCGGAGGUUUGGUGACAGCUUUGGGCUGCCUCUUCACCUCGUUUGCCUCGCAGUUUCAUCAGCUCUUCUUCAGCUACGGAACGGUGGUCGGCAUAGGUGUGGGAAUGACGAGAGACUGCAGCACGCUGAUGGUGGCUCAGUAUUUCAAGAGAAGAAGAGAAUUCGUCGAGAUAUUCAUUGUGUCUGGAAGCGGUCUCGGUAUAGCUGUCAUGUCAGCCUUCAUUAAAGGAGCUAUCAGCAAAAUCGGGUGGCGACUGGGACUUCAGGCUGUGACAGGUGUCGUCUUCCUGACCUUUAUACUGGGCACCUUUUACCGGAGUGCGUCCCUCUAUCACCCCCAGAGGCGGGCGAUCCUCCACCUGAAGAACCAGAAGCGCAAAAUCAAGGACAAGAACAAGGUCGAUGACCGGCCGCCCUUCUUCGACUUCAGCACCCUGAAGAGCAAGACUGUCAGAAUACUUCUAGUGUCCACCGGAAUUUCCGCCUUCGGCAUCAACACCCCGAUAUUUUACUUGGCGCACCAGGCUGAGGAAGAAGGCCUUGGGGACACGGUGGUGCUGCUUCAGACUUACCUGGGCUUGGCGUGGACGCUGGGAUGCGUGGCCUUUGGCCUUCUAGUCGUUCAUCACAGCGUCGAGUGCAGAAUCGCCAGACAGUACCUGACCCAGGCGGCGGUUUUUAUGUGUGGCCUGUGCAUCCUCGCCUUGACGGCCGUCCACGGAAACUAUCAUGGCUACGUUAUGUUCACGUGGAUAUACGGAAUCUUUUGCGGCGGUUAUCACUACAGUCUCAAAAUGUACACUUACGAAAGGGUUAGGGCGAGGAACUUCGCCAGGACUUGGGGCUUCGUACAGUGCUCUCAAGCCAUUCCCAUCGCCAUCGGCGUUCCUAUAUCCGGGUACAUAAACGUCGGCUGCGGGGGAAAGGCCGGGUACUACUUCAGCUCGACCUGCGUCCUCGUCGGCAGCUUCACCCUCUUCUUUAUCGACCUACACAGGCGGAGUUUGUCCAGGCAUAAGCACACCAGGGCCAACGGCACCCGGCACCUUUGCGUUGCCGACAAUUGUCCCCAGAGGAAGAGGCUCUCGUUUAGUCAGGAACCUGAGAACGAAGGCGUCGCUGCCGGCGCUGCUGCCGCUGCCCUCAUGCUCGGUGCUGAACUCGCUCCUGUCCCAGGGGAAGUGCCGAAUACGAUGGCGGGAGAGAAGCCGGAACUAACGUGCAUAUCGGAAGAAGGAAUAGCCGACAUGGAUUUGCCGGACAAUUUGCUGGACGACCUUGACUACAUCGGAGACUGCAUAACGUCGUGUAACAAGGUGGAGAACUACCUGAUGCUGUCCGAAUUCGAGAACAACCUGAUUGCGGAAAUGCCCAUAAUCCUGGACCGGAAGGGGCGAAGAUGGUCGCUGGCAAGGUCGAAGGGUCCGGUGCCCGGAAGUCAGGGUGGAGCCAGCCAAGGAGCAACGGAAGAGGAGGAAGUCAAACCGAAAUGGCGACUGAUGACGGCUCCGCCGAACAAUCGCGUAAUAACUGUGAUCGACGAGGCCAGCACGUAAUGCCCGUCGAUUAUUUA